AUCACAUAAUAUGUAACCGAUCUCUGUUAUAUUUGUACAAUAGCUUAUGAUACCCCUAAGGCUACUGUAUAGCAAUUUUCAAUAAAGAGUAAUCAGUUGCUGAAAAAACGCUUGUCACUUUUUUGGGACAACCUAUAUAUGUCAAGAUAAUAUGACAAGUUUAUUCAGGCCAGAUGAAAUACAGUGCAGUUAGUAUAUAUGUACAUUCAAUUCUAGAAUCAAAAUUUCAAAUGGCAACCAAGGACAGGCAAAAUACCAAGUUUCAUGAAUUGCCACCAUUCUGGAGACAGAAAUUCAUGACGUUGGCGUUUGCCCAUGACUUCAACAAAGAUGGUGUCUUUGACUAUGAGGAUCAAAUGACUCUGGCUGACAGAAUUGUACAGUAUGGCAAACUACAAGGCGAGCCUGCUGACAGAGUUUAUGCCGUGUUCAAAUCAUUUGCCACAUCUAUUCAUGAAAAUGUUGCUGCAACACAAUCCAUUCAUGAAGCUGUGCUGGAAAUAUGGCGUUGCUAUGACAACCCAGGGUACAAAGAAUCAUUCUGCGAGGCAUAUCGACAGAUUUUCUAUGCCUUGGAUUUUGAUAAUGAUGGCUUUAUAUCAAAGGAGGAGUUUGGUGUUUUCUGGCGUUCUAUUGGCUUUGAUAUGACAUACAUGAGCCUUCAGUUUGACUACAUGGACAAAGAUGGAGAUGGAAAGAUAUCACUGGAUGAUUACAUAGAUGCUGCUUUGGAGUAUAACUUUAAUAUAGAUGACAGCACAAGUGCCAAUCGCCUAACAUGUCAACAAACAAUUGGGGAUCAUAUUACCUUCAAAUAUUCUAGUUUCAUUGCUGCUUGCUACUUACAAAUGUUAAUUUUAAAUCUGUAUCUUUGCAUAAGAAUACAGCACAAAAUCUGCCAUUGCAAUGACAAUAUGUUGAUUGAUGUGUGUACAUGUACAGUAUAUUUUUGUGCUUUGGCGCAUACGACUAGAGUGACCAUUAAAAUUCUACUUGGCAUUUUAUUUCUAUGUAAGCAAAAUAUUAAAUGAGAAUUAUUGUUUGUAUUUUACCUAGCAUGAAACUGACAAAACAGCAAAUAUGAGUAAAAAAAAUAUGAAUUUGUCACAUUCAAUAUAUUCAUCAAUGCCUCAAGUGAUCAACUUCAAAAAGCACAAUGUCAGACAUCCCCAGUACAUGUUAUUGCUGACCACUGAGCCCAAUCACAAAAUGAGACCAUAACAAUAUGUUGGUGGUGCCAUAAAAAUAGUGUUUUACAUAAAAAUAUUACUUUACAUACCUUUGUUUUAUUUGGUUUAAUUCCUGACUUUCCUCCUUUUCAAUUUUUUCCAAGAAUCCAUUUAGAACUGGUUCUGGCAAACCAACAUAAGAAGCUACCU